AUGAACCCGCAGCAGCCGCCUCACCAGGCUCCGGGACAGCCGUUCCAGGCGCAGCCCGCCCCACCACGUCCAGGUGCGCCUCCUGGCGCCGCAUUUCCACCUCAACAGCAGCAGCAGUUCGGUCAGCAACGUCCUAUGCAGCAGAUGCCGCCUCAGCAGCAAGGCGCUCGUCCUCCUCCCAACCCAGCCAUGCAGCCCCGACCUCAACCCGGCAUGCCCAUGGCGCGACCACCAUCUGCAGCCUCCACGAGCAUGGCCGGUGUCCGCCCUCCAGCAGGCCGACCCUUUCCGCAACAGCCAGGCAUGUCGUCGUCUGGAGGCGCUCCUGGUGCUGGGCCGCAGAACCCGGGGCUGCAGCCCAACGCUGCCGCCAUGCAAGGCAGGCUGAGCCCUCGACCGCCCGGACAGCCUGGCAGCACGGUGGGUGUGGAAUCGCAAAUGGCUGGUCUAGAUCUGCACGGCCGCCAGCCCAGCCCCGCUCCGGGCUCAGCCGCUGACGCUGGCCCCGCCAAGACCAAGCGCAGCGCUCGAGCCUACCACACCGACGCCCAGCAAGCUCCGUCGACCGGUUGGAACGAUGCGCCCGGACAGCCCAAUCCGCCGCCGGCUCCAUGGCAGCAAGCAGCUGCUUCCAGGGUCGCACAGCAGGGCCACCACUUCAACGACGCCGAUGCCGACGCCGCACUCGACCAGAUGCCCGGUCAACGCAACGUCGUCUCUCCGGCACAGGCCGCACACAACCGCGCCAUGAUGGCACAAAAUGCAGGCCGCCCCAACAUUCCCCAAAACCAGCAGAGCAACAUCCCCGGCAUGCAGGCGGCGCUCUCCGCAGGCGGCGGCAUCGCACAACCACCCCACCAGGCCGGCCAGCGAUUCGCCGGUCCGCGCAGCAAGAUCGACCCGGACCAGAUCCCCAGCCCCGUCGAGAUGCAGGAUGCCGACCAGGACUUUUUCGACAAGGAGUGGUUCGCCACGUGCGGACGAGGCGGCAUGCCGCUCAGCACCACCAGCUUUGCCGCCGUCGACCAGGGCAACUGCUCGCCCAGGCACAUGCGACUCACCACCUACAGCAUGCCGGCCACCGACGAGCUCGCCACCACCUCGCAGCUGCCUCUCGCUGUGCUCAUGCAGCCGUUCGCCCAGCUGCGCAUCGACGAGGCGCCCAUCCCCGUCGCCACGUUCGGCGAGAGCGGGCCACCCCGAUGCAAGCGCUGCCGCGCCUACAUCAACCCCUGGUGCGUAUUCGUCGAAGGCGGGCAAAAGUGGACGUGCAAUCUUUGCGGCACUGCCACCGAGGUCGCCGCCGACUACUUUUGCAACCUCGACAUGAGCGGCCGCCGUGUCGACUUCGACCAGCGUCCCGAACUCUCCCGCGGCUCGAUCGACUUUGCCGUGCCCAAAGAGUACUGGGCUAUUCAGUCGGCGCCGCCUGCAUCCGUCCUGCUGCCCGUCGCCCCGGCCAGCACCCGUACCGAGACGGCCAAACUCGACCCCAAGUCCGACGCCAUCAAGGACUUUGAGGGGACCACGCUCGGACUCAGCGGCCAAGGUGCGCAGGCAGCCAAGACCGCCACCAAGGCCGCGAGCGAGGCCUUCAGCGGGCUCCAGAUCGGCAAGGGUCGCACCACCGUGCGUGCUCCGCGUCCGUUGACCUACUUGUUCGCCAUCGACGUGAGCUACAGCGCUGUACGCUCCGGCGCCCUCGCCAGCUCCGUCGAGGCGAUCCGCGAGACGCUCUACGGGCCCAAGACCGCUGCCGACGCCGAGGGCACCAACGGUGCACCGGAUGCGGAUGCUACCGCUGGCCCCGGCUUCGGCCUCGUAGAGGGCGCACGUGUGGCCAUCCUCACCUUUGAUCGCGCGCUUCACUUUUACAACCUCUCCGCCGAGCUGGAUCAGGCACAGAUGCUCGUCGUCGGCGACAUCGACGAGCCGUUCGUGCCCAUCAGCGACGGCCUGCUGGCAGACGCCUGGGAGUCGCGCCAUCUGAUCGAGGGCCUGCUCGACAGCCUGCCCUCCAUGUUCGCCGACAGCAUGGUCGGCGAUGCCGCGCUCGGCGCCGCUGUUCGAGGAGCACAGGCUGCGCUCUCGACCAUCGGCGGACAGGUCAACAUCUUCCUGUCGACCAUUCCGACCGUCGGCCCUGGUGCCCUCAAGCACCGCGAAGACACCAAGUUGUACGGCACCGACAAGGAGCGCAACCUGUUUGUGCCGCAGGACGGCUUCUACCGCGGCGUGGCGGAAGAGUGUGUGGAUGCGGGCAUCGGCAUCAACGUCUUCUUCUUCCCUUCGCAGUACAUCGACGUCGCGACCAUCGGCGUGCUGCCGGGCUUCACGGGCGGAGAGGUGUUCUUCCACCCGCGCUUCGACCCGGUGCGCGACGGCGUCAAGCUGCAGAGCGAGGUGCGUCGCACGGUGCUGCGCGAGACGGCGUACAACGUGACGAUGCGUCUGCGCUGCUCCAACGGGCUGCGCGUCGCCGACCAUUUCGGCAACUUUUUCCAGCGCAACGUCACGGAUCUCGAGGUGGGCACCAUGGACGCAGACAAGUGCGUGGCGGCUCUGGUCAAGCACGAUGGCAAGCUGGACGAGAAGCACGAGGCACACUUCCAGUGCGCCGUGCUGUACACGACGGCCGAAGGAGAGAGGCGGGUGCGAUGCCACAACAUCGCCGUUCCCGUGACGUCGCUGCUGGGCAACGUCUUCCGCUACGCCGACAUGGACAGCACGGUGGCGUACUAUGCCAAGGAGGUGGUGUCGCUGGCGCAUGCCAAGCCGCUCAAGGAGGUGCGCCACUACCUGACAGACAAGUGCGUCAAGAUUCUGCUGGCGUAUCGCCGCAACUGUGCGUCGUCGACGAGUCCGGGCCAGCUGAUCCUCCCGGAGAGCUUCAAGCUCUUCCCGCUAUAUGCGCUCGCGAUCAACAAGACCAAGUGCAUCAAGGGCGGCAACGUCACGUCAGACGUGCGCGCGUUCUACAUGCGCUUCUUCCGUGCCCAGGGCGUGUCGGCGAUCAUGUCGAUGCUGUAUCCACGCAUGAUUGCGCUGCACACCAUGUCCGAUGCCGACGGCUCGCCGAUCAAGAUCCAGCAGCCGGACGGAAGCAGCGUGGACGGCACGCGCAUCAAGACGCCCGCGCUCAUGCGACCGUCGUACCUGCGCAUGGAGGGCCACGGUGCCUACCUGCUCGAGAACGGCGAGAUGUGCAUCGUGUGGCUGGGCGCCAACGUCAACCCGCGUCUGCUGGAGGAUCUGUACGGCGUCAACUCGCUCGAGGAGGUCGAUGCGCGCAUGACGCGGCUGCCCAAGCUGCCGACCAAGCUGUCCAAGCAGGUGCGCGCCAUCGUGCAGUCGUUUGCGCAGCAGAGGAACAAGCCGGAGCUGCCCGUGCUCAUCGCGCGCCAGAACCGCGACGGCACCGAGGUGGAGCUCGCCAACAGCUUGGUCGAGGACCAGAACAACGACGCCAUGAGCUACGUCGACUACCUCUGCCACGUGCACAGGAUCAUCAGCUCCGACAUGACCUCGGGCAAGGAGGAGUCGUCGUCUUGGUUCUCGUCGUAG